CGGACAGCCAUUCAAAACCAACAGAGGGAAGGCAGACAGCAAUUCCUCCGUGGCCAUCAUCAUUUCACCGAGGCAUCAAGCAGUCAACACCCGGCGGUGACCCCACCAGCGAGUAACCCCUGACGAUGGCCCCGAUCUGCGUCAAAACGGUGUUAAUCAGUGAGAGCGUGGACCCUCGCUGCAGGGCGAUUCUGGAGGAAAAUGGCAUCCGAGUCACGGAAAAGCAGAACAUGAAGAAAGAUGAAUUAAUGGCGGAGAUUAAGGAUUACGACGGCCUUGUGGUUAGAUCUGCGACCAAGGUAACGGCUGAUAUUAUCAGUGCUGCUGAUAGCCUCAAAAUCAUUGGGAGAGCCGGGACCGGUGUGGACAAUGUGGACGUUGAUGCUGCCACCAAAAAGGGCAUCAUCGUCAUGAACACACCGAGCGGCAACACGAUCAGUGCCGCCGAGCUCACGUGUGCCCUGCUGAUGAGCCUCUCAAGAAAUGUUCCUCAAGCUGCGAUGUCGAUGAAGCAGGGGAACUGGGAUCGGAAAAAGUUCAUGGGUGCAGAGCUUUACGGCAAAGUGCUCGGAAUAGUUGGACUCGGGAGAAUAGGAAAGGAAGUGGCCUCAAGAAUGCAGUCAUUUGGCAUGAAGACCAUUGGUUAUGAUCCGAUCACUCCGCCUGAGGUGUCGGCCAGCUGGGGGGUGGAGCAGAUGUCUCUGGAGCAGCUUUGGCCCCAGUGUGACUACAUCACAGUUCAUACUCCCCUAAUGCCCUCUACCGUUGGCCUGCUUAACGAUGAAUCGUUCGCCAAGUGUAAGAAAGGAGUGAAGGUUGUGAACUGUGCCAGAGGGGGCAUCAUUGAUGAGGACGCUCUCCUCAGAGCUUUGGAGUCCGGACAGUGCGGAGGAGCAGGACUUGAUGUCUUCGUUGAGGAACCACCUAAGAACCGCUCUCUCGUGGAACAUCCCAACGUCAUCAGCUGUCCUCACUUGGGAGCCAGUACGAAGGAGGCUCAGGCUCGAUGUGGGGAGGACAUCGCCCUGCAGAUUGUCGACAUGGUGAAAGGCAAGAACCUGGUUGGAGCAGUGAAUGCGCAGGUGUUGGCCAGCACUUUCUCCCAGGAAUCUCACCAGCUGAUCAAACUUGGAGAAGCUGUUGGAGCCGUGCUUCAGGCUUGCAGUGCCUCUAAGAAACCAUUCACACGUGUUCAAAUCACUACUCAAGGGGACUGCCUGAAGUCCUCCACUGGUUACAUGACUUCAGCUGUACUGGUUGGACUUCUCAGUGGAUCUGGAUGUUGCCCAAACCUCAUCAAUGCCCUGAACCUAGCCAAGGAGACUGGAGUCACGGUAAACCAGUCCCACUGUGCAUCUGAUGGGGCAGCCGAAGGUGUGUGUAAGGUGGAGAUCGUGGCUGAUGGCUGCAGCUAUAAAGCCAGCGGUUCAGUUCAGGGUGGUGUGCCAGUGCUGCUGGAACUGAGUGACAGCGCGUUCAGACAGCCCGUCUCUCUCGCUGGAAAUCUGCUGUUCUUUAAGGCCUCUGCCAGCCCUCAGCUCCUGUCCUCAGUGGCUGGAGCGUUGGCCACAGGGGGAGUGGAGAUCCAGUCGUUCAGCGCUCCUGCAGACCGCAGCGGGGAUCUGUGGUAUUGUGUGGGGGUGUCCUCUGCGCUGCCAGAUCUCAGUGCCUUGAAGCCUCUGGUUGUGGAUGCGGCCCAGCUCAGCAUUUAAAUGACAGUAGCGACAUUCCCAAUAGCCCCAGGAUAAGCUUCAGUAUCCGAAAAACCUUUUCAGUGAAAAUGUCUUAAUACGCUUUAUCUGUCUGUGUUUACAGCUAACAACUUGUUUAGAAGUUGAACACUUGAAGUUUACAAUUAACAUUUUGAUAACAUUCCAGUGUAUUCAGUGUUUUAUGAGCAAAAAACUAAAUAAAAAGUCUAAUUGUC